AUGUCGUCACCACAUACCAAGGAGUAUGACGUUGAGGCAGCCCCAACCUCCCCCCCAUCACCCACACCAACACUCUACCGCUCCCCGUCCACAAUCUAUCGCGAACGCGGCACAGUACCCGUCGAGCUCGUCAACGCUGUCUUAGAGAAGGGCGAUGUGUUCGAAGUCGUCUUCGACGGACCAGAUGACCCCCGAAACGCACAGAACUGGAGCCUGGCCAAAAAGGUUUUCCAAACCGCCCUCAUCACCCUCGCCACGCUGUGGGCGGGUAUCGGCUCGGCGGUCCUCUCCGGCGCCGCACCUUCGAUCAAGGCACAUUUCGGGGUCUCGGCAGUCGUGGCGGACCUUGCGAACGGCCUGUUCGUGCUCGGUUUCGCUCUCGGACCACAGGUGUUUGGUCCCCUCUCAGAGGUACAAGGCCGCAAGUGGCCCCUAACCCUUGGGUUGUUCCUCGGUACCAUGUUCAGCAUCCAGUCCGCCGGCGCUGGAAAUCUCGCCACAUUACUCGUCGGACGCUUCCUGGGCGGCGUGUUCGGCGCUGCACCAUACGCAAUUGGAGGGGGAUGGUUCCACGACGUCUACGACAGCAUACACGUCCAAGCGGGCGUUUCGUUCUUCGCCGCCGCUACAGCUGGAGGUCCCGCUUUGGGACCGAUCAUCGGCGCCGGGCUUGCAAGCACGAGCGAGACAUACGGAUGGCGGUGGGCCGAGUGGUUCAUGGCCGCGUAUGGGCUUCUCGUAACCCUCCUCCUCGCGUUGUUUAUGGACGAGGCGUACUCACCCGUUAUCCUCAGCAAGGAGGCGAAGAGGCUCCGCCGCGAAACCAAGGUAUGGGCAUACCAUUCCGAACUCGAUACCAUCUCCAUCACGCCCCGCGACAUCGUCCUCCGUUACGUCCUCCGCCCGAUGCGCAUGCUCGUCACCGAGCCACUCCUCCUCGUCGUCAGCACCUACAUGAGUUUCGUGUACGCGCUCCUGUACAUGCUUAUGGCGGCUUUGCCCGUCAUCUUCGGCGAGUAUCGCGGAAUGGGCCCCUUCGUGCUCACCACACCCCUCUUUGCCGCGUUUGUGGGUAUCCUCGUCGGCGGUGCAAUUAUCAUCCUCGACAUGGUUCGGUAUAAGCGUCGUCUGGCUGCAACGGGAGCGGAGAGCCUUCCUGAGGAACGUUUCCUCCCCAUGGGUCUUGGGGCAGUCAUGCUUCCCAUCGGCCUAUUAUGGUUCGCAUUCACUGGCCCGGCGCAAGUCGCGUCACCAUGGUCCUCGAUUAUCGCCCUCGGUUUCAGCAUGUGCGGCAUGGUCCUCAUCUUCGAGUGUGGGAUUAUCGUUCUUAUUGACAAUUACCGGUCGUUUGCCAACUCGGCCAUCGCGGCCAACACCCUCACAAGGAGUAUCUUUGGCGGUACUUUCCCCCUGUUUACCGCUGGUAUGGUGCACAACCUCGGAUACCAGGGGACGUGGAGUAUGGCUCUGCUCGCCUUCAUUUCUCUGGCGCUCGCACCGAUCCCGCUCGUGUUCUACCACAUCGGCCCAAGGCUACGAGCGAUGAGCAAAUUCAAUCCUGAUUUGUAG